AUAAAGUGCAUUUCAUUCAUAGACGAGGAGGUGAAUAACAUGACGUGAGAAAGUUAAUUUCGAAUCAAAAAUCCCGAUUCACAAUUAACCAAAAUUUGGCAAUGCUUGCCUCCCAAGUGAAAUUAGUAGAUCUGUAUAUCUUGAUAGCUACAACAAUCCUAUUUUCAACAUGUCACAAGUGCUCAGCUUUCAACAAUAGAUUUUCCGGGCUCUAUCAACAUGGAGCACUUGUCUUGGGAAUGUUGUCCGGAAGUAAUCCGUACAUGACGAGUGCUUCCUCGUCCCAUAUUCCCCAUUACCAUUAUCCCUUUGUUAUCAGCGAUGACUACACUCCAACGAAGGCACGAUAUCCAUCUGCAUCAAUUAGCAGUGAUGGACGGUAUAGUCAUCUUCUAAAUGGAAUGAGUUAUAUGAAACGGAAUCGCAGGUCUGAUGACGCAUCAACUCUUUUGGGAUAUCGGCCAGUGAGACACCACGAGGAGGACAAAGGUCCCGACAGCACCUUGAGCUUUCUUUUGCAGAUGCUGGGUGGUGGAAAAUCAAAAGUGGGACAAGCUGAAUCAAGCAAUUAUUAUCGCGUCAAGUCUCGGAAUCAUUAUCCAAAUCCAAACGUUGUGGGUCACCAGCAUGGCCCAUUUCCACUUGCAAAUCAGCCAAUUCCAUCAAUUCUCCAACAUCCUCUCUUUCAAAUUGUCCCCCUGCUAGUAAUUGAAAAACGGUUCAAAAUUCGGAGACCACCACCAGGCAGACCUUUUCAGCACCAUUAUCACCCUUUCCCCCCUCCAUUUUUUCAUCACAAUUCUCCGCAAUCUCAUCCACCUAUUCUUCAAAACAGCAGAGGUCAUCCUCCUAUUCACUCAAAAAUAAUAUUUCCGAGUGAAAAUCUAGAGUCAAACUAUAAAACUUUAGGACAAUUUCAAACUAUCGGCGAAGAGAAGAAUGGACCUAUAAUUCCUGCUCAUUUACAUCCAUUCAUUGUUCACCAACCUGUUAAUACCCCACAAUACACAACGGUGCAACAACACAAGUCAGUUAGCAAUUUCAAGAUAAACCAACCCCUGGAGAACUCCGACAUCGGCGAUUAUCCUAUUGUAGGAGCUUUAAAGGAUUACACUCCCCAUGUAAAAUUUCCUGAUGGAUUGGACAAUACUGAUGCUGACUUAUCAUCAUUUUAUCAUCCUUAUAGAAAUGGUCAUCAUUAUGACUCCACGACGGGCCCUGAUGUCAACAACUUUUUCCCACUACAAGGCUCAGAGUCAGAGUCCAAGCCCAUAGUCUCGAAUACAACGGUCUCAUCAUCAUCUUCCAACAAAUCAAAAUUUAAACGAAGAAAUGAUUUCGGCAAAUUAGUUAGCUCCACCAAAAAUACAAAUAGUACUUCUGUGAUAUGGGUGGAAGGGAAGCCACUCAAGAUUCCAAAUUUCAUGCCGAUAUCAUUUGCAGCUAGCAGCGUGUGAAAAUGGGAGAAAAAUUAAAAUAGAUUUAAUUUACAAUAUAAUAAUUUUAAGUGCGUAUGUAUACUUAUGCCUUUUUUGAAUCAUUUUAUCUACCCUUAUAUUACAAUGAACAAAAAUAUGUAUUAAUGAAUGUGUAUAACAACCGAAUUCUUCUCAAUAGGCAGGUAAGUAGAUAGCCAGUUAUGCAGACAGUAGACGAUACAAGAAAUAUGCACCAUCGAUUGGUCCCAAUCUUAGAUUAUAAUAUUAACCAAUGGAUUUGGUCCCAAUGAAUUUUAUAAUUUGCA